GACUCGCCGUGUCAAUCAUCUUCUUCUUCGUCAGCCUCCCUUCCACCGCCAUAUUGGGCCACUAAAAAAGGGGGCUCGUCUUUUCGGGGUGUUUUCCGCCCCCUCUCCUCUCUCCACUUUCUCUGCGCGCGGCGCGGCUUGGACGGCGCAAGGCUCAGGGAGCAGACACCCGCGGGCUCGCUCCGGCUGGGAUUCGGACGGGCCAGCCCUCCCGCUCCUCCCCUCCCCUCCCCGCCCUCUCGCGCGCCCGCACACUUGAUCGGCGGAGGCGGCGGCGGCGGCUUCGGCUGUGCGUCCGGGGCUUCCCCGCUCUGCUCCCGCACCCUGCGCGCCCCCUUAGUGCGGCGGCCACUCGCCUCGGUCGGUCUCUCUUGGCUCCUAGCGCUGUAGUACGCGCGCCGGGCUCGGCUGCGUCUGAGCGUCCGGCUGCGUUCGGUUUUGUUUUGCGGAGAGCCCGCGCUAGAGGAGAGGCGGUGGGGGUCCAGACCGGGCCCAGGGGGUUCAAGAUGUCUAACGUGAGAGUGUCCAACGGGAGCCCAGUCCUGGAGCGCACAGACGCCAGGCAGGCGGAGCACCCCAAGCCGUCCGCCUGCAGAAACCUCUUCGGUCCGGUGAAUCACGAAGAGCUGAGCCGGGACCUGGAAAAGCACUGCCGAGACAUGGAGGAGGCGAGCCAGCGCAAGUGGAAUUUCGACUUCCAGAAUCACAAGCCCCUGGAGGGCAAGUACGAGUGGCAGGAGGUGGAGAAGGGCAGCUUGCCCGAGUUCUACUACAGACCUCCUCGGCCGCCCAAAGGCGCCUGCAAGGUGCCGGCGCUGGAGAUCCAAGACCUCAGCGGAACGCGUCCCGCCGCGCCGGGUGCGGGGUCCCAGGCCAACUCCGAGGACACGCACCUGGGAGAUCCAAAGACAGAGCAGUCGGACGGCCCUACAGCCUUGGCCGAGCAGUGCGUCGGGAUGAGGAAGCGACCUGCUACGGAUGAUACUACCCCUCAAAACAAAAGAGCCAACAGAACAGAAGAAAAUGUUUCAGACGGUUCCCCGAACUCCGGUUCGGUAGAGCAGACGCCCAAGAAGCCGGGCCUCAGAAGACGUCAGACGUAAACAACUCGCCUUCAGAAUAUGUUUCCUGGUUUGUCCGAGACACCCCAGCUUGAGGGAGCAAGGAAGAUGUACAUGACCGAUUUAAAGACGUAUGGCUGACUCCAUGGAACGGACAUCUUGUAUAAGCACUGAACAGCAACAACACCAUAACACUAAAAUGUUUAGGCACUCUUAAAUGAUCUGCCUCUAAAAGCAUUGGAUGUAGCAUUGUGCAAUUAGGUUUUUCCUUAUUUGCUUCAUUGUACUACCUGUGUAUAUAGUUUUUACCUUUUAUGUAGCACAUAAACAUUGGGGGCAGGGGAGGGCAGGGUGGGGCUGCAGAAUUGGCAUGGGUGGGUAUGAAGAGCUGGCUUCGGUUGAUAGCAAGGAAGAAAAUAUUUGACUUGCCAAGAAGAGAAGCAAUUGGAUGGAGAAGAUUGAAUUGUUUUCUUUAAAGAUGUAAUGUCCCUUUCAGUGAAAAGUGAUAUAUCAUAUUUUUAAAUCAUUACCAUUUGGACACUGGCUACAAAUAGUUGCUUUUUAUUUUUAUAGGAAGCUUACUUUUAUUUGGGCCCUCCAAUGAUUUUUCUAAGUAGCAGCAAAUGGCUUAAAAAAAAAAGCAACCAAAAAAUUAUCCCAGUGCCUCCCCCCUAAAGUAUCUCUUAGUUGGAACUUACCAGUUAAUUAUUCAGCUGUUUGCUAAUCACUCCAGGAAAUUCUAGGCAGAAACCUUAAGGUGGACAGGGGGGAAUUCUGGACCCCCUCAAAUCUGACCAUGUAUUUUUUGUCACACCAGCUGAGAAAUUUUUCUUACAUUUUGGUUUCACUUUGGGUUUUGUGGACACAGUCAAAAUAAUUUUUAAAAAUCUGUAACUUCACACACACAAAAAGAGAUAGUCUUUCAUUUUAAGCUUCUCCUGCUCAUUUCUUAAUUUGUCCAACAGGAAUGAGGGGUUUCUUAAGGAAGGUAUGCAUAGAGAGAAGGCACACUUGGGGAACAAGUGAAAUGCAUACUACAUCUUUCAACAGUGUUUCUUCAUUGCCUGUGUAUGUGUAUGGAACAGAACCAUUUGAAAUGUACCUGUGUACAUAACUCUGUAAAGACACUGAGAAAUUAUACUAACUUAUUUAUGUUAAAAAGAAAUUUCUUCUUCUUCUUCUUUUUUAAUCUAGACAAUAUACAAGCCAAAGUGGCAUGUCUUGUGCAUUUGUAAAUGCUUCUUCUGGGUAGAAUAGGUUUUUCCCUUCUUCUGUUAAAUAAUAUGGCUGUGCUUAAAAAAGUUGCAUACUGAGCCAAGUAUAAUUUUUUGUAAUGUGUGAAAAAAGAUACCAAUUAUUGUUACACAUCAAGCAAUCAAUAAAGAAAACUUCCAUAGCUA